AUGAAAAAGUACUCAGUGGUUACCAAGACUACUCUUAAAUUUACAAAAGAGUUUAAGUACUACGUCAGUUACGAAGAGUUUUGGGAAACACUCGUCUCAUAUGCCCGAGCGAGACACAUCGCGGUUUAUAUAAUAGAUUUUGAAGAAAGGGCUGGUUCUAGUAUGUAUCUGCGUUGCACUUACUAUGUCCCGGGCGCUGAUUUUCCCACGCUUUCAUCUUUCCUAUCACAAAGCCACUCUACUCGUCCCGUCUCGUGUCCAUACUCAUCCACUUCGCAGAUUCAGUCUGUUCGCGAUGUAACAUUACGUGAAAAUGCUUUUGAACCGUCUGGAAAAUGGCCUUGCGGUUCUCGGGCUCAGUGUUACACGGGUGAGGAGGGAAUGCAUCGUGACACGGUUGCAGAAAAUGUUACGAAGAACGGCACUGCAGUCUGCCAUCACGCCAUUUCGGGUUCGAACUCGUCGCCCAACUUUUACGGCAGCAUAGACAGGAAUGGAGUCCUUCCUCAAGCCUUUGACCUUUUUGACACGGCAUAUGGAAGUAUGGAAAACGCACAAAACUAUGAAUACGUGAUAGGGGGAAAACAGCAAAUCAGUAGAAAACAUACACAAACAGUUAUAUCAAAGCAGGACACAGAAGGAAAAGAUCUGCAAGAGACCAGCAGCCCCGAGUCCUCAUUUGGAAACAACCAGGAAAAGAUGAGCAAAGUGAACAAUCCACCCAGAGUUCAAAAGAAGAGAUGUCCAUACACCAAAUAUCAUAUCCGCGACCUUGAGAAAGAAUUCUUCUUUGGUGUGUACAACAAAGAGAAACGGCUUCAACUCUCCCGACUGCUCAACCUUACUGACCGCCAAGUCAAAAUAUUUAGGCGUAUGAAAGAGAAGAAACUUAACCGGGACCGUAUACAGUACUACAACCCCUGGCUCAUCAUUGAGGACUAA